AUGUCGCUUUGUCAGUCGAGACUGACAGAAGAGCGCAAGCAGUGGCGCAAAGACCAUCCGUUUGGAUUCUACGCCAAACCUGUCAAGAAUCCCAACGGAGUCAUUGAUCUCAAGAAUUGGGACGUGGGAAUUCCGGGCAAAGACAAGACGAUAUGGGAAGGUGGUCUCUUCAAACUCUCGCUCAUAUUCCCUGACGAGUACCCUACAAAACCCCCGAAAUGCAAAUUCGUUCCGCCACUAUUCCACCCCAACGUCUACCCUUCUGGCACGGUCUGCUUGUCGAUAUUGAACGAAGAGGAAGGGUGGAAGCCGGCAAUUACCAUCAAGCAGAUUGUCCUGGGCAUUCAAGAGCUUCUGAACGAACCCAAUCCGGAGUCACCUGCCCAGGCUGAAGCAUACAACCUCUUCAAGAAGGACAGAAUCGCGUACGAGCGCAAGAUCAAGAACAUCGUCAAGGACAAUCCGGCUCACUAG